UUUAGGAUUGUGUGACAUGAUCUGGGUUACUGUUUUUUUUUGGCUUUGACUGUUUAAGUCUUCCUUGGAUUCCGGUUUCUGUGUUGAAAAGCUGGUUGCUUUAUGGGAAUCUGGUCUAAUCUAGGCAUAACUGUUUGUGGGUCUUUGAUUGUUUUUAAGUUCUUGGUGUUUUGGGUUUUGGAGAAGUUCACUCAGAGAAAAAGUUACUAGUUUUGAGGGUUUUUUCCUUCUGGUUUUUGAGAAUUUUGUGGACUUGGUACUUGGUUCAUGUGAAAGGUUUCAUUUUGGAGGUUUUUUGUUUCUGGGUUUUGAGAAUUGUCUGCUAAUUUCAGCUCAGGCUAAGAUUUAACCUCUUGGUGUUCCCAUGGACUCUCCACAAUCUGUUGUCUCACCAUUUAAGACCUCUGUUAUUGCUGAGCCUGAGAAGCAGACAUCUGAUUUUUUUGUCCACCCUGGCAGUGUAACAAAGGGAGCUCAAGCUCAAGCGAACAGGAAAGAAGUUGUUGUGUCUAAACUGGAUAACUUCAUUGGUGUUCUUGAUGUUUACGUACACAAGGCUAGGGACAUUCAAAACAUCUGCAUUUACCACAAGCAAGAUGUUUAUGCUAAGCUUUGUCUCACUAGUGAUCCGGAAAGGACGGUCUCCACCAAAAUCAUCAACGGUGGGGGGAGGAAUCCAGUAUUCAAUGAUAAUGUUCAACUAAAUGUUAAAACUGUUGAGUCCUCCCUCAAAUGUGAGAUAUUUAUGAUGAGCAGGGUGAAGAAUUAUAUGGAAGACCAAUUACUGGGAUUUGCUUUGGUGCCUUUGUCUGAAGUAGUCAUCGAGAACGGGAAAUUGGAGAAAGAAUUUUCUCUUUCCUCAACUGAUCUCUUUCAUUCUCCAGCCGGAUUUGUUGAGUUAUCUCUUUCAUAUGCUGGGGCAUCACCGGAAGUAAUCGCUAUUCCUGCUAUGCCUAAGCCUUUAGCGGUAGAUGAAACCUCAGAAAUGUCUGAAUCUCUUGAUAAGAUUGAGUUCCCGGAUCCUAAGAUUGUGAAUGAGAACCAGAUGAUGGUUUCUGAGUAUUUUGGGAUCCCAUGUGAAAGCUCCGAGAGUUUGGUCAGUUCUGAUACCCAGAAUGAUGAUAGUUCUGAAAUGGGUGUCCGCAUUUUGGAGAGUUUCUCUAAUGCUACAGUUGACUCUGUUCAGCUUGCCAAGCUCGAUUCUCCUCCUAGCAGUGUGUCGACUAAUGGGGUCUCUUCCCCUUCAAUUGCUGCAAGCUCUGAGUCCUCUGAUGCUCCAGCAGUAUCAAAGCCGCAAAACCAGAAACAAGUUUCGGCCCUGAAAGAGAAAAAAGUUGAUGUUGGAGAUGGUGAGAGUGAAUCUUCUGGUGAGGUGCCAAGUGACAAAGUUGCUGAGCCUGUUGUCUCUGUCAACCUUGUGCCUGAGCAGAAUGUGGUGCAGCAAGACAUAGUUGAUAUGUAUAUGAAAAGCAUGCAGCAGUUCACUGAGUCAUUGGCCAAGAUGAAGCUUCCUCUGGACAUUGACAGUGGACCAACCAGUUCAGGAAAUUCAAGCACUGAUCAGAAACUACAGGCAUCGAAGACCACUGGUUCCCGUGUGUUUUAUGGGAGUAGGGCCUUUUUCUGAGCUUAUGUACUGAAGGGGUUCAAAGGAAGACACAGGUGACUUUAGAUUUUAGAAUGAGGACUAAUGCUAAUAGUGAAUGUAAUAAUGUAUGAUUAGUGUGGUGUUUUCCUUUGUAUGUUGAGAUGCUUCAGAUGGUGAAAAAUCAUGACCCUGUACCUGUUAUUAGUCUUAUUUCUGUUACGACUUCUGUUAGUAUAUUUGAACGUUUUCACUUUCAUAA